AUGAGCGCGAUAUUAACAGACCGGCAAGCGGAAGAGCUGCACAAGGCCAUAAUAGCAUAUCUGGGUGUCAUAAACGCGCCAAAGACUGCCGAGGCUUUCCGGGAGGAAGCCAACAUAGCCGACAGCUUCGACGAUGCUACGCGGAAAAAGUAUGAGGGGCUGCUGGAGAAGAAAUGGACGAGUGUAGUACGGUUGCAGAAGAAGGUCUUGGAACUCGAGCAGCGCAACCAGAGCCUCCAGAGCGAGCUCGAUUCCACCACGCCAACCUCGCUCAUCAGAAGGAAUCAAGACCCCACUAGCUGGCUGCCGCGAGCUCCAGCACGGCAUACUCUCCAAUCACAUCGCUCGCCUAUCACAUGCGUCGCGUUCCACCCCGUUUUCUCGUCGCUCGCUUCAGGCUCUGAAGACACUACCAUCAAGAUUUGGGAUUGGGAAUUGGGUGAGCUCGAACGAACGGUCAAGGGUCACACGAAAGGCGUGCUGGACGUCGACUUUGGUGGCCCCAGAGGCGGUACACUACUAGCGUCGUGUUCGAGCGACUUGACUAUCAAGCUGUGGGACCCCUCAGACGAGUACAAGAACAUCAGGACACUUCCCGGACACGACCACUCCGUCUCUGCGAUUCGAUUCGUACCCAGUGGAGCUGCGGGCUCUCCAUCGUCCGGCAACUUACUAGUCUCUGCGUCGCGAGACAAGACUCUACGGAUAUGGGAUGUCACAACAGGAUACUGUGUGAAGACGAUACGCGGACAUGCCGACUGGGUACGAGACGUUGCCCCUAGCUUUGACGGACGAUGGCUCCUGUCAGCAGGAAAUGACCAGACUGCCAGGUUAUGGGACGCUAGCUCAGGGGAGGCCAAGUGCACUUUCCUUGGGCACGAGCAUGUCAUUGAAUGUGUUACAAUAGCGCCCCCAGUAUCCUAUGCCAACCUUGCAGCUCUCGCCGGACUCAAGAAACCGCCACCACUAAGCAGUUCUGCCGAGUACAUUGCAACUGGAUCAAGAGACAAGACUAUAAAGAUAUGGGAUGGACGGGGAACAUUGAUAAAGACUCUUACUGGCCACGACAAUUGGAUACGGUCACUCGUCUUCCAUCCGGGCGGAAAGUACCUACUAUCAGCUAGCGACGACAAGACCAUCCGAUGCUGGGAUCUCACACAAGAAGGCCGAUGUGUCAAGACUGUGACUGACGCACACGGACAUUUCGUCAGCUGUAUGCGAUGGGCGCCAAAUGUCAUCAAGGACGUGCCUGUCAAUGGAGACGCGCCCAAUGGCGCAGCCAACGGCACUAAUAAGAAGAAAGAGGAGGAGGCAGCCAAAGCAGGCAUACGAUGUGUAAUUGCGACAGGUUGCGUUGAUUUGAACGUUCGCAUCUUUGCAUCGUGA